AGUGAUUCGCUUAUCAGUGUGUCAGUCAGCAUGGUGAAGUGAGGUCAUGGCGUACGUUAACGUUGAGGAGUGGAGUUCGGAUGAAGUUUCCAAUUGGAUGAAAGGCCUUGAACCAUUUUUAUCAUCAUACGUCAAUGAACUAUGGGAGGCGGGAGUGACAGGGAAGCAGCUGCUGCAGCUGGAACCUGACAUGCUUCCAAGAUUUGGCAUCCACAAAAUAGGACACCAGGAAUUAUUGCUGCAGGCCAUUGCACAUCUAAGAAACAUACACUACCAACUGGACAAAGAAACCUUACAGCAGCUUGCUCUGCGGUUGAGCUCACGAGCGCGCUCAGUCUAUAAUGAACUUAAGCCCUCACAUGGCUCAUCCCUGGACAACGGCCACAACGGUUGUGAUGAUGACUACAUUAAUUCUGAUGACCAAGACAACAAAAAAGCUAGUCAAAAGAAAUGUCAUCUGGUGUCCACUGCAGUGGUGGCAGGAGUGGCUGACUGCUUGGCGGCUCUCAAGACGGUUGUGUCCUGGCUAAAUAGGGCUCCAUUUGACAACCUGCUGCUGUACAAACAGCCAUUGGAAGAACUCACUGAUCUGGGUAUUCGCUUAGCCACCAUCAGCCAGCGCGACCAGUUUGCUGAGAACCAGGCUACCAUUAUCAGGGACAACUGCAAGGAACUUGCUCAGAUUGCUGACAAUAUCAUCCAGAACUUCAACGACCCACUCAUCAUCCAGCCCGCAUCAUUAGUUGUAGCCACCAUCAAGAAGAAGCACGACGAUGAUCUGGGCGUGCACCUCAUGACGACCUACGAUGGAGUGCAUCAGGUCUCCAUCAUCCGCCCCCACACUCCCGCUGACACCUGCACCAAACUUAGCGUCGGCGACCAGCUCAUACAGAUCAACUAUGACACCGUCAUUGGUUGGACGCCUGAGAAGAUAACAAAAGCUCUGUCAGAGAACCCGCUGGAGGUUAUCCUGACGGUGAAGAAGCAACCUCGUCACGCGCCCGGGGCCCAGCAAAUAUAUUCGUAUUUCAAGCCUUUCAGACUACCGAGCAAGAAGCGCACCUACAACCACGGAUACCCUCCUCAGAACGAGUACUCCUACAGAAAUAACUUCACCAACAACCUUACGAAUAACCUCUCCAACAACCUCAAUUUUUACUCGUUACUGGACCAGUCUGCUAGCAACCGGCAGAUCAUCCCCAAGGCUGCGGCGGUGACGCCCAUGAACCGCGUCCUGCAAGUGCCGUCCGUCCUGCGACCCGUGUCUCCUGACCAGCCGCAGCCUCCGUGGUCGGGCAGCCCUCAGGCGCCAGCGCCGGAGUGCAGUGAGGUGGUCGUGAGCUUCACGGUGAGCGAGGCCCUCAGCCCCACCGCCUCAAGUGCCUCCUCCGUCCUGGCCGCAUCCCCACUACUCCCUCCAAGCGCGCAUAACACCAGUGACUCCGGCACCCGCCCCACUCACGACGACGAUGACGACGACGAUGAUCCGUUCACGUCUUCUGACGAGGAGCUGAGCGCGCACCACGACGGCGAGGACGACGUCGCCUCCACGUCAGGGGCGAGCGUGCGGCUGUACCCGCCCAAGCCGCGCGCGCCCGUCCACCGCAGGGCGACCAUCCCUGGCGACACCGCCCCGCCCGUCAUCGCCGCCGCCACUCUCAAUCAGUACAUCGAAGGGCUGCGCAAAAGUGGCCUCGCCCUGCGCGGCCGCGUGAGUUCAGGUGACCAGCGCGACGCCGUUCGCCAGAGCCCGGAGAUCCGCGCGCGUCCGCACACCAUCGGCGCCGCCAAGCUGCUGCGCGACAGCGGCCCGGACCCCCACAAGCCCGAGGACCGGCUCGUGCCAAGCCAAGCGCCCGUCGGGCCCGUGUCGCUGCCCGCCAAAGUCUCGGCAACCGCGGCGCUCGUGGACCGCGAGUCGCCCGUCGCACGUCCAAUGUUGUCUCUUGAUGGCGUGGGCGGGGCUGAUGGCGUGGGUGUGCCGCCUCCAUCUAUCGGGAUCACCAGCGACAUGCCCCUACCAUUUACCAUCACUUCCCCUCCUACACCACUCACUCCCAACCCUCCCUCAACACCUCACACCCCUGGGGGACGGCGGGUCUCAGAAGACCGACCUCGUCUGGACAAGAGUCACAGCACCCCGGCCUAUGACUUCGGCAGCGACGGCGCCCCCGCCACCAACACCGCACCCUCGUCGGGGGCGUUGCUGGUGCCGGGCAGCGCACCCGCGGCCGCUGCUGCUGGGGGACACAGGAACCUUCAGCUGCCUGGCCUAGAGCCCAACAUAAAGGUUCAAUCAGGCCAGCAGCAGAAGAAACACUUGCCCGCUCCGCCCUCGGGGGAAAAUAAGAAAGUUAAGAUAGGUUCCGCGAAGCUCAAGCAAUCCACUUUCUACUGCGACGAUACGGAGAGCCCUGUCGGGGAAUCGAUCUUCUAUGUCGCACGAAAUGACGUGGACUCCGAGCCUCUUGCUCCUGAUGUCACUGCCGAUCACUCACAAGAAGCCGUUGUUGUCAAGCCUCUUGAAGAAAAUAAUCCUCCUGUUGUGACCGUCAAGAAACCUACCACUCUUGAAGUAGGGAGCGCCAACAUCAACAUUGAAAAGACGACUCCUCUUAGAGAGAGACGCACCGCGCGCCUGCAACCUCUCACCAACCUGACCAUCGAGCAAACUUUCUUGUCCGUACCUACGCUGACUCGGCAAUUGGGAGUGAGCGUCGACGAAUCCUCAUCAGAAGAUCAGGACAUCAAGAAACCACCUGGAGUGAUGCAAGACCCCGCGUCGUCAGCUUCCGAAUGCACAGGCUUGACAAAAUCUACUGAAUCCAAGGUAUCUCCGUUGGUUUCCUACCCGCUUCAAGAGGCGACGGAUCAAAAUAUUGAAAGUUCACUGGUGCCGUUACCUCUUGUUGAAAGUAAACCAGUGACCGAACAAACCGCGAGUCUUGCAAACGAAGCCGCAGGAUCGCUUGAUGGUCCUUUUCUCGCUGCUGCAAUGACUGUUGAACGCCCUACUAAUUUGACCGACAGUCAAGCAGGCGAGUCAGGAGCUCAUGAAGAAACUGUCAUCGACCACUGUGUCUCUCCUGAUGAUAAUAGCGCUCGUCUCGACCACCAGUCUACCGAUGAGAACAGCUCGGAUGAAAAAAAUGACCAGAGGUUGUCGAAAACUGUGGAGGACCGGGAACUUGCUGGACACAAAACUCGUACUAGCCUUGGCCGAGGAAAAGCACCAGCCUUGAAUUCCUUGCAGAAGGAGAUUGCAUCGACUUUACAGAAGAACCGAGAAGUGCUCAGCCAGGAAAGCUGGGCCGAUUGUCCUCCCAAUUUUUCGAUGGACCCGCAGCCUGGCUCAGGACGUCAGCAAGUUUGCUGCAGCGCUAGUUUGGAUGCACGAGUUGAGACAAGCCGAGCUCACACCUUUACGCAUGCUGGUCAAGGCAUCACUGAAGGCGUAGGCUCGGCAGUGAGAGGACUGGGGCUUGUGUCGCAACCAGCCCGCAGUGUAGCAUUGGAUGCCAUACGAGGCUGUACUCUGCCUCGUCGCGCUCCAGCUUGUCGGAGCACAAGUAUAUCUCCAUCACUGUGGCGUCGAGGCGUAUUGUUUGCGUUUAGACCAUCACAACCCGUCAAAAAACAACGACUGGCCAAUGCCACUGCUCCUUCAGGCAGGGGUACUGCUCUUCAUGCUGCCUGUGGUGUGUGUGGUGGCGGUCGCGGCGUGUCAUGUCGGGAGCUGGGUGCCGCCGACCAUCAGGGUUGGCUGUACAGACGCUCCAAGGGCACCAGGCAUUUCCUGCACCAGCACUCCUGGGAGCGACGCUGGUUCAAGCUUAAGAAAGGUUACCUGUACGGCUACGCCAGCGAGGACGCUCUCAAGGCCGAGUCUCUCAUCUACCUGCCGGGCUUCCACGUCUGCCCUGCGCAGGACGCAAAGACCAAGAAGUUUGCCUUCAAGAUCUACCACGCCAACGGCGCUAUGUUCUUGUUUGCGUGCGACACGAGCGAGGAGCGCAGCAGAUGGAUGAGUGAAAUGGGGCUGUCGGCGCUGUCCUCGGGUCGCUGUGGGGACGCUCCUUCUUCCCCUUCAGCAGCGGGUCCUGCUUCCUCCACCAGCCCCACCUCCUCCUCAUCCUGCUCUUCCCCCACACUUCUGCCGCAGCAUCUCGAGGAGGCAUACUACAGCGAGACGGACGACGAGUGUGACGACAGCUUCACGGCCGCAGAACCUGUCAGCUCCCCUCAUCCCCUGGACACCGCCAUCCCCACAACCUCCACCCCAGUGGCCCCCUCCUCCUCCUCGAGCGCCUUCAGCGCCCUCUUCCACUGGGGCAGUGGGGGCAAGACUGGCACAUCCACCACGCCCUCAGGUGGAGGCACACGCGCCUCCGCCCUCUCCUCCUUCCUGAAGCCCAAGCAGGUGCAGGCGGUGCCUUCCACCAACUUCCGCAGCUACAGACGUGUACGCGAGACGGGCCGUAGCACGUCUACCAGCGACCUCCGUCCCUCUGGGGUGUGCGAGGCGCCUCCCCUCACGCCCACCACUCCCCAGCACGCCCCACCCCCCUCCAAGGCUAAUGCCGUGGCUCGUAAGGGGAGUCUAAGGGAAAAAUUACGUAGUCACUUGCCAUCAGCUCUCACCCUGGACCGGAGACGCAAGAACCAGCAGCAAGCCGCCAUUGUUAAGAAAAAAAGCCAAACUGAUCCUAAAACCAGCGCCGAGAGCUCACUUGAUGCCAGCGACGUGGCUUUCAGCUCAUCUGACGGAGACAAAAUUCUAGAAGAGUCCUCAAACGUUGAUGAUACUUUUGAUGCAUCCGGGAAUCUGGAGUCAGGUGUUUCGAUGAGUCGGGAUCAAGCGUCGCUCGAGUCCAAUCAAACGGCCAGUCAUGAAGCAGAGUUCGACGCGAGCGUCUCUGCUGAGGAUAAAAGCGAGUCUAAGUGUGGAGGUGAAAGCAAGAUGCAGCCUGUGACGCCCCUCAAGUGUAAACUUAUCGACGCCAGCCUCAAAGGUUCCCUCGACUGUCUGUCAGCGACCUCUGCAGCCUAUGUUUACGGUGCUCCGUUCAGGACGACCGGUGAAAGCGGACAAAAAUCUUGGAUGUCAACCCUGCGAUCAUCGCCUGGAGACGUGAGCAGCAGCAGCGGCGGUGCCUUCAAAACCAAGAAGAGGCCGUCGCCUUUGCCUCAGCACCAGCAUCACUCCAGCUCAGGAACUUCGUCUUCCCACCUCUCCUCUAAUAAUAAUUCUCCAAACAGUCCGUCUGGCGACACCUUCGGCUUCUCUACGUCUCUAGUGGACGCUGGCGGCAGCAGCAGGAGCCUUAGUCACACUUCUAGCCUCACGGAGCACCGUUCUUCUGGCGAGCCUCGGCCUUCCAGCAUAGAACGUCUCAAACGGACUGGGAAUUAUAAGCCCGUAAUCUUGAAGGGCAAGGAACCCAUGCGCGCGGCGUUCGUUCUGGGGCUUGACCAAAGGGACAUGGACUCCUCUCUACACGGAAGGAAUUCCGCACUCACAAGCACUCCCAAUUCAUCUCUUUUGAAUUCCUCUACUCUCGGACCGUCUGUUCGACCCCAAGUUCCUCCUAGAACCAAAUUUUUGUCUCCUAGCGAGAGGACGACGCAGCGACGAUCGGACGUGUCCUUUGGCUCCUCUUCGUCAUCUUCUGCUGCGCUCUCCAGCUCCCGAGAUGACACGUGGCACGGGGCGGCAACCUCGCCCUCUGUUGCGAAUGACUCGUCUCUGCUGUUCUCUCCUAUAUUAGCAUAUAAAGUAUCAGGGUCAGGUGCUGGCAGCGCAGUGCAAGACAACAGGCAGAAAGGCAGCCAAUUGUCCAGGCUGGACAUCGUGCAGCCGUCCUCUAGAGCAGACGACCAGGACCAACCCAAGACUCCGCUCAAGCACUGUUCCAGCUACCCUGCUUCUCACCAGCCGUCUGAUGUCGCCAGGGCCAGGCCUGCCAUGGGCGUGAGUAUGAUCGGCAAGCAGCGGCGCACUCCUGGCGUCCUGUCUCCUCGCGAGGUGUUCUUCUGUUCACCACCACCGUCACCAUCACCCUCCUCCACCACUACCACCACCGGUUCCAAUGCUGCUACCACCACGCCAUCACAGCACCACUACCUCCCCAACACCACUCUCGCUUCCACCUCAUGUGACCUUGCGUCAUCUACCUCUCGUGGUCCUUCAAACUACAACAACUCGACGCCCAACAACUCCAGUAACAACUCUACAAACGUCAACGCUGCCCAUACCUCCACACCUAACAUCCCUGCACACAACACCACUAUCAUUAACACUACUCCUAUGAACCCCGCUGGUAACGUCUCCCCACUCAACACCUCUUACAACCUCAACCGACAAUCGGUCGGUCGCCACGCCCUGGGCUCGUCCUCCGGCAGCCAAGUUGCAGAUGCUAAGCCUGCCCUCGGUAGCCUCGAGGCGUCCCCGGGCGAUGACUUCUCCGCCGUUGACAGCCGCGCGCCCAGGGUCAUGAGCUACACGGGACUCGACGGCAAGCCCCUCAUGGUGCUGCCUCACUACCCCGACAUGGAAUACCCGCCUACCUUCGAGGCGGGCUCCUACACCAUCCCUGGCUCUUCGUCCCCGUCAUCGACGCCAUGCAAUCACCCGCCAUGCACGUCGCACUGCUCGCCUCACGACUCCUCGUCCCAUCAUUUCUCCUCGCCACCCAGCAGUCACGGCUCAGCCAUCCCUCGCGGUCACCGGCACCACGGAGGUCAUAAGGUGCGCUCACAGCCUCCGUCCUACACGCCAAGAACUCCGCGAUCACCGACCUUGUAUUAUAACCUGCAAGGAUUCAAUUCAGCGAGUUUGCCUAGUCUGCCGAGCGAGGGCCAUGAGACCACAACUGUUCCCUUGUGUCAGCGGCCUCAAAUGCCUCUGCCUCAUUCCAGCACCAGCCUCUCGGCGUCAGGGGGACUGUCGCUCCACAUCCCCGCCCAACCUUCCCUCUCUCCCCAAGUAUCACCUGAAUGUUCGAGCAGUCCUCGCGUCAUCGUAGGCAUCAGCUGCAGUGAUGGUGAUUGUGUGGUCAGUCAUCACCAUUCUAUCUAUGUUACGAGUCCCGUCAAACCGAACAACCAACCUCGUCCACGGCUUGAUCCUCCUAUGCGAGUGUCUUCAGAGUCCCAAUUAUCGGAUCGCAGUCCCUCGGCAGUCAAUACUUCUUCCAAUGUGCAAGAUUCGGCCCAGAAACCGUCCAGAAGACGAACUCCUCCUGGAUUUAUUGGCGCCUCACAAAGCAAUUCUUCUCUUGAGAAUAUUUAUGAACAUGCGCCGGUAGCACGAUCAGGGUCAGGAGCCAUCGUCCUCUCGGGGGUUGUCGGAAGCAACGGCAACGGCCGAAGUGGCGGCAGCGCCACGGUUCUCAACCCCCUUCUGAAAAAUGACCCCGAGCGAACUUACGACUCCGUCAACGUUAAAUGCUUCCAAUUUGGCGGCAGCAGCGGCGGUACGGUGAUCACGACACCCAGUGAUCACUCAUACGCCCGCCCGCUGCCCACUUCUAUGUCCUUGGAGCACAAACUUGGGGUCGAGAAAGAGGAUAACCUGCGAGCCGCGACCAAAGAUGACACGGACUUUAUACCUUCGACGAGCGGGCCUGGGCGACCCAUGCUGGACCCGCCGAGGCUGAUCUUGCCGGGUCCUCCGUCUGACCCACCGCCUGACGACUGAUCUUUGUGCAGUCGCAUAUCCAUGGGCUUUCAAUGCAUCAAUUCUGUAUACUUGUGUGCCAAAAAAAGUCAAUUGCGCGACAAUCCUUUAACUGAUGUAUAAAAAUAUCUUCCGUUUAUCUUGCGUGCCAAGUUGUACUAGGAAAAGUUGCCACUCAAGUGAGUGUACGCGUGGUGCCACUCAAGUAAGUGUACGCGUGGUGCCACUCAAGUAAGUGUACUCGUGAUGCCACUCAAGUGAGUGUACUCGUGAUGCCACUCAAGUGAGUGUACUCGUGGUGCCACUCAAGUGAGUGUACUCGUGGUGCCACUCAAGUGAGUGUACUCGUGGUGCCACUCUAUUGAGUGUACUCGUGGUGCCACUCAAGUGAGUGUACUCGUGAUACCACUCGAAACAACGGUUAGUUUUAUCUGUCGUGCCAUCCACUGGAAAUUAAGACGGCAUUGUAUUGAAGUUACUGUACUCGCAAGAUGUCUAUUACUAAUAAAAUAAUUAUUUCUUAAGACUGGAAGUGUAUAGUUCUUUUAAGACCGACAGUGACGUCGAAAAUUAUUUAUUCCAAUCAUUAACUAGCAUUAGGUAUAUUUCUGGAAAUUCAUUUCAAAUAGAUUAUUUUUCAGUGUUUGAGUAUGAGAUUGAAAUUUCAAUAAAAACGAGUGCUGUCGUUGCCAACGCAGCCGGGGAGUCUUCGAUGAAUUUAAACAAUAUUGAUGCAGUAUUUUUUACAAGGAAUUUGUGAUGGGAUUUGCAUUGCUUUUUGCAUUCCUGAGAAAAGAGCUCACAGUGAGCGACGUCGUUUUUUAUGACCUGCUUGUCGUGCUCCUCUGAUAAUUGUUUAGCAAUACGCACGACCUGUCGUUAUUGUGACCUGUUCUCUUGCUCACUUAAACGUUCCUUACUUCUGAUUCUUGCCGGUUACCAGCGCCUUGCACUUACUGACAAUAUCUUAAGAUAAAGAUUUUGUUAAUCGUCAAUGAUUGUUGUAUGUUACCUUACCUGGAAACUUUAUGGGUUUUAUCCAUUUAGACGUUGUUGUUGAUUCCAACUGUUGUAGAUGUUAUCUAUUUAUACUGUAGAGUAUUGCUGCAAUUUUGCUGCCGGAAAGCGCUACAAUAAAGACCCAAUAACGCAGUCAUUCUUUUCUGUCUCUUGGCUUCUGUAAUUUUUUUCGAGUGUGUACACGCCUCGGAUGAACGACAUCACGUGACACGCAAAUUUUAUGGAUAUUUUAUUCAGUUUCAGUCUUUAUUUUUGGUUAAUCAUUACUGAAAAUUUAUUCCCUUGGUUUUUGAAAUUCAGUAAUUACCCACUUUUUCUUGAUUUCAUGUAGUCUAUUCCCUUGGAGCUAUGAAGAUUCAUCACGAACUAAACUUUUUUAAAGUUUCGGCUGAAGCUUUACAGAUUUUUAAUAUAUUGAUUCACUUUGAUGUGUUGAAGAAUUCCUGGCUACUGCUGUAGGCAGUGCGAUUACCUCGCUCUAUUGCGUCGAGUGCAGUAAUUCUAUGCGUGACUACAUCGCUAUUAGUUGAUAUUUGGUGGUCGUUGCUCCUGUGACGUGAAGCUUGAACUUCUCCUUGUUACUGUGAUGAUGUUUUCUGAUAAUUCUGUGAACUAAGAUGUAGAGCUCAUGAUGUUACGAGGCCUGCUUCAGCUGUUGACGUUACAUGGCCUGCAUCAGCUGUUGAUGCUACAUGUUUGUAUUGUCAGGUUAUAGGUUUGCAAGGCUGAUUACUUGGCUUCGCCUCUCAAUAGAAGAUAAGUUCUAUUUUGCAGUAGAAUAUUUGACACCAUUUUUUGCAGUACGAAAAAAACAAUCAUCCUGCAUUGACAAUGAAUGUAAGCGAUUAGUGUUGAAAUUCGACUUAAGAUUUUGAAAAUCAAACUGUACCGAAGAUAAUAAAUAUAUUACUAAUAUUGAGAGCAUACUGAAUAUAUUGAAACAAUACUUAAAUCAACGAAUAAGUAUUAAAUGUCGUUUGCGUAUAAUUAUUCUGUGAUGAAACAUAACGUAUACGGCCUGAUGGUCGACCUCCCACGUGCUAUAAUCAUCGUUACCUUUAACAUUGUCGUAUCCAGUCUAGUGUGGUCAAUCUUUAUCGUAUUACUAGUAUAACUUUGUAUUGCACCACUUCCCAUCGGAGCUAAUAUACUGAUUGUCGACGCGUGGCUUUAGCAUUGAUAUUAUAGAUAUUGUUAUGGCACAUCUUUGUAUUUUGUCAUCACUAGACCGUCGAUUUUUUGCGACUUCAAGUCGAAGUAAUUCAUUAACAACUCGUCUACCUAUAUUGUCCAAGCUGCUCUUGAUGUAUUGUGCCUCUUCAGAUGCUACUAAUGGUUGUGCAGGAAAAACAGUCACUGUUCCUAAGCACAUUUGCUCUCAUGUUUCUUGUUAAAGCAGGUGAAAGCAUUAGUAAAAUGCGGGUAGUACAGUGAAAUAAAGACUUCUUAAUUCUAUGAUAUUGCUUGCUAACGUCGUGAUUUGCUUGUGUAUAAUCUUUAGGCCAAUGAUUCAGAUCUUGUUACAUUGUUGUGAGGGUUUCUCUCCAUUUAUCUGUUGAUCAUCCUUCACGAGUAAAACUUUAUUUUCUUAAACACCGAUCCACAUGUGCUACUUGAGAAUAGAUCCUGCCUUUUAGGCAAUUUUAGCUCGGGCAUUGUGGAGCGUUGCAACGAGACCUUAGAUUGUUGAUGUUUGUUAGCACAAAGUGCUACUUUUAUCCUAGAAUUGAAAGUUCUUGGGUUGAUUUUGAGCAUUUUUUGGCGUAGUUUCUGAAGACAGAUCUUGCCAGUUUUUUAUAUUACUUCACGCCUGUCGCCAUAUAUAGGCAGGUAUUUGCAUACUAUACAUUUGAGUAUUUAAUGCUGUGGCGUAGCUAGACGAAUUUUAGCUAAAGGGACUUGAGUUAAUAAAAAAUCUGCACUUGGUGCUUAAAAUAAUAUGUAAACGUUUUAAGUGAACUUUUUACUGGGAUAACCGACAAUAGAUAGCAAGUAACUUAUAUUUGUGUGCAGUUAAGACCUUAAUACAAAGUGAUAAUCAAUAGUUCUGAAACUAGUGUGAUGGUUUGUAGUGAACUUUCACUGUGUUUACAAAUUUCGUGUAUAAUAACGAGGCCAGGAUGGGCUUUCACUCUUCGUGGUCGCUUCUGUCGGGCAGAGGUUACGCAGAAGGUAAUCGUAAAAUUCUAUAUUUCACUUCUUCAUGCAUAAAAAAUCCCACUCCCUUCUUCGUAAAAUUCUUCCCACUCCUUCAUGCAUAAAAAUCCCACUCCUUCAUAAAAUUCUUCCCACUCCUUCAUGCAUAAAAAAUCCCACUCCCUUCUUCAUAAAAUUCUCCCCACUCCUCCCCAUUCAUUUGGCUUAAGCUGCAUUUUUGAUGACUGCCUUGCGAAUCGAUAAUCAUCGAAAGGCUUAUACUAUCGUAGCCCUGCAAUAAGUCUUUUAAAUGUUACAUCGACGUCUGAAAGAGCAGUUAUUUUUUAUUAAUUUGUUCACUAACCUCUGGUAUUUCUGCUACUGAUGGUUUUAGAAGAAUAUCACCUGUUGGGUUUAGGCUGUCGUAUCCAAAGUUCGCUUAAUAAGAGUGUUCAUGUGUCUGAUUUAGAGUGUGAAAUAAUUAUUGACGUUCUACGGAAGAUGGUCAAUCAAUUUUGUUUUCUCUUUUGCCGUCCUUGCCCACCUCUCUUGCCGCAUUAUUUUUAACGCAUUCACAUCCAGUAGCAGCAUAGAUAAGAUUGUGUACCAAAUACUGGGCAUUACAUAUAUAGUCACGUUCUCUAUUGGCUACGGUGAUUUCUUUUGCUCGGAGCAUAUCAUGAUAAUUGGCCUUAGGAAUUGGCGGCUCGAGAUUAGGUUGAGUUUGCCAUUAACGAAGGCGCGCGCCAUAGGAAGAAUUGAAUGCUAACUUCGUUGUCAGUUGAGUAAUUCACGCUAGUGUUGUCGCAUUUUUCUCAUUAAAAAUCAAGAUGUUUUAUAUAAAGGCUAUAUUAUC